CGGGAAAACCCCGAGCGCCGGGCUACCAAGUCCCUGGACGGCGACCUCAGGAGGACCAUUAAAGCGCGCGCAGUUUUCCGCCAGGUCACCGUUGUCGGGGCCAUGAGGAGCCACUGGUGGUGGUGGGGUGCGGCGGGGCUGCUGACGCUCCUCCUCGGGGAAGUGAGAACUAAAUUUGCGCCUUUGCCCGACAUCAACAACCGCACCUUUAUCAAGCAAUACAUCGACGUCCACAACAAGUUCCGCAGCCAAGUCCACCCCUCUGCUUCCAACAUGCUGUACAUGACAUUUGAUUUAGCUUUAGCUAGAAUUGCUAGAGCAUGGGCAAAUAAAUGUGUUUGGAAACAUAAUCCUAAUCAAAAGUACCAUCCUGAUAAUAAAUUUAAGCCAACCGGAGAAAAUAUGUGGAUGGGAAGUGCAAGCGCAAGGCCAAUUAAUAUUGAGAAUCCAAUUGCAGCAUUUAACAGUGAAGUAAAAUACUACACUUUGUCUACCCAUCAGUGCACCAAAGUAUGUGGACAUUAUACCCAGGUAGUUUGGGCUACUUCAUACAAAGUUGGCUGUGCUGCUGUUUACUGCCGCUACAUGGAUGGAAAGGAAAAAAAUAAUAACAUUGUAGUGUGCAAUUACGCUCCAGCGGGCAAUUACCGUGGAGUACGCCCUUAUAAAGAGGGAAAACCAUGCAGCAACUGUCCAAAAGGAGACACUUGUAAAGACAAUCUCUGUAGAAAUUCUGAACGCGAGAAAGAAAACAGCUUGCGUUAUUCACGAUGGUAUCCACCAUUUGAAAGGCGGAUUAUAUGUGAUCCAUCUUGUAUUGCUGUUGCAGUUUUAAGGCCAUUGUUAAUGUUUCUGGCAUUUGCUGUUGUUUAUUACUUACAAAUCUCUUAUCCGGGUUUAAGUUUUUCUAAAUAAUCUUCAGUAUUUUAUAUGCAUAAAAUUUUCUUUGACUACUUUGGUUAAACAUAAGAUUAUAUUUACAUGAACUGUUACAUUAUUUUCUAGUUCUAUUUUUUUAAAGUAGAUUUGGUUCAAGUCAUUGUUUUUAUGGAAUUUUGUCAAAUUCUUAAUGCUUUUUUUAUUGAUGAUACGAAUGUAAAACAAAAUAUAUUUAAUAUGUUCCAUGUUUUGUUAACAUUAAAACAAGGGAGAUGUGAUUAAUAAAUGUUAAUGUGAUAAACUG